AUGACAUCAACAAGCGCACAAGUAAUGCAUGGAGAGUUCAGCAACGACGUUGAUGCAACAGCACAAACACUUGUUAAGCAUUGCGCUGAUGUGCUAUCAAUAUCUCUGGAACAAAUAGACCUUGCAUCGUCUUUUGCAUCUCUUGGGGGUAAGUGCUCUCUUAUCCUUGUCGGCUCAUUACACAAAUUGAACAUAUCUAAAGGGGACUCAUUCCGAGCUGUAUUGCUGCAUCGCCGAUGUUUUGAAGAAGGAAUACACGUCUCAUUACGUGAUAUUCUUUUGAAGAAGAGCCUUGCUCAAAUUGCCGCUGCAGCGUGUGAAAGACAUGCAGAUGCUACUUCAAGUCUUCUCCUAGCAGGUUCAGGUUCUCAAGACCACCCCAAGUUUUCGCGAAUGCCUCGUGACUACGAUUUCAACGCCAUUCGAGAGGAGCUCCAAAAUAAGGUUCAUCAAUCGUCAGAGUCAGGCCUUGAUCUCAUCGAUGAUGUUUACCCGUGCAGCCCCAUGCAGGAAGCCAUGUUCAUAGGACAAAAGACGCGAACGACACAAUUGUAUAGAACCAUAGGUUUAUUUAAGGUGCGAACGGCUACAAUUCCACAGGCAGUAGAAAGGUGUUGGCAGCAAGUGGUAAACCGGCACCAGACUUUACGCACCAUCUAUGUUCCAGCUGCAGGAGGAACCGGCCGCUUGCUGGAUGCAGUUGUGCUGAGGAAUGUACAAGCUUCCGUCUCUCAUAAGCGUUGCAGAGACAAGACCGAAGUGCAAGAGAAAUAUAUCUCCAGGUGCAACUCUGACUCCCCAUUCAUGAAUGGGGUAUUACACCAAGCAUUCAUCUGGUCAACCGACAAUGGCGAAAUAUUCUGCAUCCUCGAUCUCAGCCAUAUGAUAACCGACGGAUCUUCAUGGGUUCUUUUGAUUGAGGACUUUUCUCGAGCUCUACGAGGAAUUCAAUCGCUCAGCGUCGCACCAGGAUACGAUCGAUAUGUUGACUAUAUCCGGCUUGAUCCGAACGCAGAUGCAGCGCUUGACUACUGGAUGCAAUACUUGGAAGAAGUUGAGCCAUGCAAAUUUCCUGUUCUCGAUGGUGACAUAAGAGCCGCUACUGAGAUUGGUGAGCUCUUUGAAGUUCAGUUCACAGAGUUUGACGAACUUCAGCGAUUCUGCAAGCACAACGAGACGACAAUUUCUGCAGUAUUGCAGACAGCAUGGGCCUUGCUUCUCCGCAACUAUACUGGUAAUUCGGACGUAUGCUUUGGUUAUCUCUCUUCUGGACGGAGCCUUCCCAUUCACGGAGUGGAGGCAAUCGUUGGGCCUCUUAUCAAUCUGCUUAUCUGCAAAGCAACUGGUCUGAAUGAUCGGUCAGCGAGAAGUAUCUUGGAAGAAAUCCAAGCAGACUUUGUUGACGCCCUACCACAUCAGUGCGUUUCAUUGCAGCAGGUGCAUCAGAUUCUUGGGAUGAACGAUUCUUUUUUAUUCAACACAUUAGUGACGGUACACUAUGCUCCCGCCAUGGUAGAUGGAAGCACUGAGCUCGCACUCUUGGCCUCCUCUAACAAGACCGAGUUUGACAUCGUGGUAAAAGUCCUGUACUCGGAAGACAAUAUGCGCGUCCGGCUGAGCUAUCGCCCAACUGUCCUGUCGCGCUCAAUGGCCGAACGGGUUACGAAUACAUUCUCGACAGCGAUAAGCAUCUUGCUGAAAUUGGACAACUUGGACCAGUCAUUGGGCCCAAUCGACUGCCUUAGCAGUGGCGAUCGCGACCAAAUCAAUGACUGGAAUAUGCAGACAUUUUCUAGCGGCGGGGUGUGGCAUCCCACAACGAUCCACUCGCUCAUAGAGAAUACGGCAAAAUGCCAGCCCGAUGCUUUGGCUGUAGAUGCUUGGGACGGCGCAAUGAGCUACGAAAGAAUAAACGAGUUGUCUACAACACUGGCCAACGAAAUUAUGCAGUUGGGUAUUGGACCUGGUUUAGCAAUCCCCCUUUGCUUCGAGAAAUCCGCUUGGUACACUGUUGCGCUGUUGGCUGUCUUGAAGAGUGGGAAUGCUUUUGUUCCUGUGGAUCGCUCCAAUCCCACAAAUCGCAUCUGUCAAAUUCUUCGCCAACUGGACAUUGACGUUAAUUCAGGUCUUGUUAUAACGUCCCGUGAGCAUGUACAGACGUUCGUGCCUCUCUGCAAACAUGUCAUUCCUUUGGAACCAAAUUUCUUUGCGAAAGAGAAAACAUAUCCAAGAUUUAAUAUGCCAGAGGUUAGCGCUCAUGAUAAGGCUUACGUGAUAUUCACAUCAGGGUCGACUGGUAUGCCAAAGGGUGUCGUAGUGGAACAUGGUGCAUAUGCAUAUGCAGCCCGAGCACAUCAAGGCGGACUACACAUUUCAAACACGUCCAGAGUCUUACAGUUCGCAUCUUAUGGGUUCGACACGAGUAUGGAAGAUCAUCUAACAACACUCAUAGUGGGAGGCUGCCUCUGCGUUCCGUCCGAGGAAGAGCGUCUGUCAGAUCUAGUGGGAUUUGCGAAUCGUUCCAAGGCUAAUUGGGCUCAUCUAACACCUUCUGUCGCUAACAUUUUUAAUGCUGAAGAGACUCCAGUGCUGAAAACCAUGGUCUUAGGAGGUGAAGCCAUGACACUGCGCAAUGUACAAGCUUGGGCUGGGAGGCCAAACAAGCGCCUUAUCCAAGUCUACGGCCCUUCAGAAUGUUGUGUAACAAGCACUAUCAGCGAAGAUGUAUCGUAUAACAUGGAUCCAACAAAUAUCGGCCGCGCACUUCCAGGGUGCGCUUCUUGGAUCGUCCGUAUCGACACUCCUCAUGCACUCGCACCUAUCGGUGUCGUUGGCGAGCUGCUUGUGGAAGGACCCAUCUUGGCAAGGGGGUAUCUGAUAGAGCCGGAGAAAACGAUAUCAAGUUUCGUGACCGGCUUGGAGUGGGCACCGCAAAAGCGGUUGUAUCGCACUAAGGACCUAGUGUAUUAUGAUUCCGAGGGCGACCUUCACUUUGUCGGUCGCGUGGAUGCACAGGUAAAAGUCCAUGGCCAAAGGAUCGAGCCAGGCGAGAUCGAGCGAAAUCUGGCUUUGGAGGGAUCAUUACUGCACAGCAUUGUCUUGGUGCCAAACGCAGGACCAUGUGCAGGCAUACUAGUCGCUGUCAUUGCACACCAACGUCAAUCGACCCAGGAUGUGUACGACAUGGCCACCUUCGAAAGGCCGGAGACUUCCUACAUCUCAAACUUACGCAACUUUCUUCUCGACCUUGUCCCACACUAUAUGAUACCAGCUAUUUGGCUUGUUGUACGUGACAUGCCUCACAACACUUCCGGGAAGCUGGAUCGGAAGCGCAUGCUCAAGUGUCUCGAAGAAAUGGAUGAUGAUGAGUAUGAUGACUUGGUAGGUAGUGUUGAGAAUUUCAGUGUUGAGCCACCAAUCAAUAGCCUCGAGAUGGGCCUUCGAGAGGUAUGGAGCACUGUGCUGAAUGUCCCGGAAGCAGACAUUGGCAGAAGCAAUACAUUUUUUUCGUACGGUGGCGACUCGAUAUCUGCUAUGGCCGUCAGUAGUGCAGCGCGUGCCAGGGGUAUUGCGAUAUCAGCAGCUAAGGUACUUCGCCAUCAGACCAUCGGGCGCCUCAUGGAGAAUCUUGAUACGGACGUUGAUCAGGCACUUUUCGCCGAUUUUGGGAGGACCGAGAUCGGUGUAGCAUGGCCACUUUCACCUAUUCAGCAGAUGCAUUUCCAGGCUUCAGCUAAAGGAGAUCCGCUCGAUCAGCAAGUAAUGGUUUUGAGCAUAACGAAGCAUAUUUCGGACGAUCUUCUUCAUAACGCUUUCCGACAUAUAGUAGAAGUGCAUCCCAUGCUGCGGGCUCGUUUUACUCCAACUAUUGAUGGAUGGGUACAGCACAUCACAGACGAUGUUUCCGGCAGCUUUGCGCUACGAUUUCACCACGCAGACUGCACUCAUAAGGACAUUGUCCAGCGCAUUGGCAGCACUAAGCUUUCUGUCGAUAUGGUCAAUGGGCCACUUGUCGGUAUUGACAUCUUUGGGUCGGGCGAGAAAAGGUUUGUUUCUGUUACAAUCCACCAUUUGGUAGUUGAUGCAGUCUCCUGGCGCGUCAUUCUAGAAGACCUUGAAGGCAUCAUUGCCCGAGGAGCGCCUGCACGACCCGAACCCGUUCACUUCCAAGCUUGGGGCCGUGCUCAGGUAGAACAGGCCCGAACGCGUCUUGAUCCUGCUCGUGUACUUCCUGCCGGUCUAGAUAUCGAAAGUGCCAAUACAUAUUUCUGGAAAAUGGAAGGACAGCCGGUAUUCUUUCAGGAUUCGGCAUCGAAGAAGCUUCAACUGAGUAAAGCUUCGUCGCAGGCAUUUGGAGCAUGCAAGUGUCACGGCUUCGAUCAGGUAGACUUGCUUUCAGCAGCCGUAUUGCUCUCUUUCCUGGACCUUUUCGGAAGACCUUCUGCUUCAUUGUUCGUAGAGGGACAUGGACGCGAGCCGUUUUAUCCUGGAUUAGAUCUGUCCCGGACGGUAGGAUGGUUCACAACAUUGGCACCUAUCGCGAUUGACAAGACGCUCGAUGCGGUGGCAGCACUUCGCAAAAUCAGGGAUCUCAGGAAAACCACACCAAAUAAAGGUUACGACUACUUCACGUCGCGGUUUCUCAACAAGAAGGGCGUCGAGGCUUUCCAACAGCAGCAUUGGCCCAUGGAGAUUGUUUUGAACCAUCUAGGGCGGUACCAGCAGUUGGAAAGACAAGAUGCUCUCUUUCGGCGCUGCGAACCGGCUUUGCAGUCAAUGCUCUCACAGCUACGCCUACAGCAACGUGUUCAGUCGCAAAGAUACAGCCUUAUUACGAUACUCUCGGCAAUAGAAGAUGGUGUUCUUACCGUUACUGUAGAGUGGAACAAAUACAUGAAACACCAGAAAAAGCUUAAAUCCUGGCCGGCAAUGAUCAAGGAGCAACUUGAGCGCUUGCUCGACAUCAUGUGUGGGCAAGCAGUCGAUCCGCUAGCAGAGUUAGCUGCAUCCGCAAUGACGAUUGGAAUAAGUCAACAAGAACUUCAUGGUCUUCUGGAGGCUAUGCCAACUAGCCCCGGCGUACUCCUGGGCAACAUUGAAGCCGCAUACCCUUGCUCGCCCAUGCAAGAGAGUCUACUCUUCAGUCAGUUAAAAAAUACUAACCCUUAUAAUCAACAUUUCCUUUUUCAACUCAUGCCUGGUUACGAUGAUCCUCUUGAGGGACGCCAGGAGCGCUUAUCCAAGGCGUGGGCGCGCGUCGUGGAAAAGCAUGCUAUUUUGCGAACUGUGUUUGCAGAGUCCUCUUCUCAUGGUUUCAUGCAAAUUGUGCUACGGAAAGCUACGCCGAUGGUUGAGUGGAUUCGAAGCAAGAGCAAAGAGGCGGUAGUCAAGACAUGGGAGCAAGACCUUCUGAUGCCAGGGCCUCUUCCACUGAGUGGGAAGCUGCUCCAUUCCCUCAAAAUCUAUAUUGUGGAAGAUGGCACAAUUUUCUGCCAACUCGACAAGAACCAUAUUAUCAGCGACGGAAUCAGCUCUCGCAUUAUGAUUCAAGAUCUACUCGAUGCGUAUGGCGAUCGAUUAGAAGGGUUGUCAGCGUCGUUCAGUGACUACAUCAAUCACAUCAAUGAAACUGAUGCAGGAGAAGCAGAGAAAUACUGGUCUCGGUAUCUUGAUAGUGCCACGAGAUGUCACUUUCCACAGCUUGCUCCGCCAGUUAACAAGGGCAGUCAGGCUAUGCCAACAGAGAAAGUGGAGCUAGUGCUCGACAACAAGAGAGCCCUCGAGCUGAAGUGUCGCAACUUUGGUAUAUCUAACAGCAGUGCACUGCAGGCGGCGUGGGCACUGGUGUUGAAGACGUACUUGAAUUCAGAAGCAGUCAUAUUUGGCUUCCUUGCUUCGGGUAGAGAUAUACCCAUACCGGGCAUUGACAAGAUUGUUGGGCCAAUGGUUAACAUGCUUCCUGUCCGAGUACAAGUCACCCCUGGAAGCAGUAUGAUCGAGCUGGCGCGAGGUAUUCAAGAAGACUACCUGGAGCACCUUUCUUGGCAAACAGUAUCCUUGGGACGGAUGCAACGUGCCGUCGGAGGUGGCGACAGUCUGUUCAACACUAUCGUCAACAUCCAGAAAUCUCCAGUGGCGCAGAAUCCGAUUGAUACAAAUCCCAAGGAAACUACAGCAGAGCUAGUUAAGAGUCACGAUGCUAGCGAGUAUGGAGUAGCAGUGACCAUAACCGAUGAGCAAGACCGAUAUAUUGUGUCUGUAGAAUUCGCAACUAGCUUGCUAUCGGUCCAACAGGCCUGUCAUGUCGUCGCCGCCUUUGGCCGAGCCGUAGACUUGAUGGUGCAGGAGCCAGAGAAGCCGGUUGCUGAGGCCAGCCUAUUCAGUCAGCUGGAUGAACAACUAGUUCAGGCAUGGAACAUAGACGAGCCGUGCCUUGUACAGCGUUGCAUCCAGGAGCUAAUCCAAGAAAGCGUACAGCGACAGCCAGCAAGCACUGCUGUUUGCUCGUGGGACGGGGAGCUGACAUACGAACAAUUGGACAGGUUUUCCUCGGGGGUGGCAUGCAGGUUGGUAUCGAGCGGCGUGCAACCCGAACAUGUUGUGGCGCUCUGCUUCGAGAAGUCCAUGUGGGGUAUCGUAGCCAUGGUGGGGGUGGCCAAAUCUGGAGGCACGUUUGUGCACAUCGACCCUCAAGCACCACGCGCACGCGUGCAAGCUAUCACGGAGCAGACUCGAUGCAAGGUUGCACUCGUAGCACUCAGUUGCCACACAUUAUUGGAUGACUUAGUUGGAGACGUACUGCUGCUGACCAGCCAUGCUGCUGAAGAAUGGUGUAGCAUGGAUGUGGCUAGCCUUGCGACCGUCCAACACAAACCGACCAACGCUCUCUACGUAAUCUUUACAUCCGGAAGUACUGGAACACCUAAAGGAGUCGUUAUCGAGCAUCAAAACUUCUGCUCAGCAGUAAUAGCCAACAGGGAGUGGCUACAGAUCCAAGCCACGUCGCGGGUCCUGCAGUUUACCAGCUACAGUUUUGAUGCUUCGCUCGAAGAGACAUUCACUGCGCUAGUGGCGGGAGCAUGUAUCUGUGUGCCGUCGGAACAGGACCGCAUGUCGGAUGUGACUGGCUUCAUACAACGCGCUGCUGUCAACUGGGCCGCUUUUACGCCUUCAUUUUUGCGUUCGCUCGAGCCACACGAUGUGUCCUCGCUCGACUUCAUGACGGUGCAUGCUGAACCCAUGAGCCAGGCGUUGGUGGCGCGGUGGGCAGACCUUGUGCAUAUGCGACCCAGCUAUGGACCUACCGAAUGUUCGGUUACCAGUGCUGUUGGCAAGCGUAUGACGGCCCGCUCCGACGCCGCCAAUAUUGGCUGGCCUGUUGGUUGCCGUGGCUGGGUCGUUGAUCCUGGGUGUCUAGAUACUCUCGUGCCUGUAGGUGCUAUCGGUGAGCUAGUGCUUGAAGGCCCCAUUGUUGGCCGCGGCUACCUACGCGAUCAGCAAAAAACCGCCGCCGCAUUUGUCACAUUUUCCCCGGCUGGCCAGAAACCACGGCGCGUCUAUUGCACUGGUGAUCUCGUGCGCUAUGCUACCGACGGUAGUCUGAUUAUUUUAGGUCGCCGAGAUGACUCGCAGGUCAAAGUGCGUGGUCAGCGCGUCGAGUUGGCCGAGAUCCAACAUCAUCUUGACCUCGUCCCUGAUUUCGCCAAUUCCCUUGUAUUGCUCCCCAGCAAAGGUCCGUUACAGGGCAAAUUGACGGUCGUCGCCAGCCUGAAAGAUGACAUUGACCCAUGUCCAUCCUCCCUCCAGCUCAUCCACUCGUCGCCCGGUUGGACUUCAACGCGAGCAACCUAUGCAUCUCAUGUGCUUACAGUCGUCCAAAAGGCCCUCUCAUGCAAACUUCCCACCUACAUGGUUCCUCAUACAUGGCUCCUAGUCGGUAAGCUACCUUUGCAGAUCUCGUGCAAGAUCGAUCGUAAACUCGUAGCUACAUGGCUGGAAACAUUGGACCCUGAUGCGGUACUCGUCGCUAAUCGACUACGAAAGCCGAUUUCCUCGUCUGGCUCCAAAGUUGAGGAGACUAUCCGACGCGUCUGGGCCGAUGUCUUAGCCAUCGACCAUUGCGAGGCCGAACUUAUCCAUCUGGAUGAUCCCUUCUUUGCCAUGGGAGGCGAUUCCAUUUCAGCCAUGCAGGUGACUCGUCAGUGCCGAGCCAUGGGGCUUAGUCUCACAACGCAAAAUGUGCUUGUAGAGCAAACCAUCAGAAAGCUGGCAGUCAUAGCUGCGUCUGAACGGCCUGUGGCUACACUCGAACCUCAGAUAGAGGCAGCUGUAAACGUGCAACAAGAGAUUGACCCAACUGUGCUACUCCCUGCUGGCUCAAGUAUCGUCAACAUUCUCCCUUGUUCCCCAUUCCAGGAAUACACUCAUCAAGCUUUACAGACAGAUCCGACGACACCAUAUCUUUACCAUACCUUGGUAGAAAUAACAUCGGAUGUUGGUCUGAAUGCGACCGCCGCAGCGAGAGCAUGGCGAGCCGUUGUGGACCGCCACUCCAUUCUUCGAACCGUCUUCGUGCCGGCCAAGAACGGCGACAAAAUAUACCAGGUAGUAUUGCACGAUAGUUCAGUUGACUGCUCCAUCACCUCUGUCGACAAAGUCUCCUCUAUUGACGAAACUGCGAACUUACACAUGACCGACAUCCGAUCCAAGUGUUUGGCGUCAGCGGUACCACCAUUAGCACUACGACUCUUUGUCCUAGAUUCAGGGCGUAUGUUUGCUCUCCUUGCUAUUGGACACAUGAUAAUAGACCACGUCAGUCUAACACACAUCCUCUCCGAUUGGGAUCGCUUCUGUCGUGGCUGGAACCCUUUGUCCGAUCUAGAUGUCCUACCACCCUUCCGCCACUAUAUCCACCACUUAUCAAGCCGCAACUUAGCUUAUAGCACGAAUUUCUGGGAGGGCAGGCUGCGCAAUCUUCUACCUUGUCAAGUUUCCGAUCCAAAUUCCUGUUCUGUCGGUGAUUCACAAUCCAUGGGCGCCGUCAGCUUCACCAUCGAGACGGCCGGCGCUACGCAGACAUUUUGCAAAACUACAGGUGUCACCCUUUCCAAUCUUCUACAAUUCGCAUGGGCUCUUGUACUUCAUGUCUACACGGGCCAGGAUACCGUUUGCUUUGGAUAUCUCGUCUCUGACCGUGACAUCGACACCGUGGAUAGCGACGAGAUAGUCGGUCCAUUGCUAUCGUUGGUGGUUGGCCAAGUAACCAUCUCCGAGUCCCUGGUAGAAUCCAUGCUUCAGCUGCAAAGCAACAAUAUCAAUGCUUCCGAACACAAGGUGUUUGACAUUGCCGAAGUGGGGCGACGUUUGAGAUGGUCCAGCAAAGGCUUCUCGUCCGCGUUCAACACGCUGUUCAACUACCGCAAGGUCGUUCGUCGCAAUAAAGAACUGCCUACGAUGCGCUUUCAAAGUAUCCGUAAUCAAGAUCCGCAUGAGGUAUGUCCACAUUUUUCAAAUGAUCCUACUCCAACUUGCAUGAGUCCGAGCCGAUAUGUAUUUGACAAAAAGAUAAAAUCGCUGAUUGCAACAUUUAGCAACCUAUUGUGCUGA